CAAUGUUGUGAAAAUACGAAAGUUCACACGUUUUAGCGUCAGAAAAAAAAAGGUGUUUUGGUGGUGAAAUUAAAAUAUUGAUAAACACCACAUUCUUCUGAUAACUUAUAUCUUGUGCAUGUAACCAGUUUCGGUGUUGUUAUUUUUAUUGAUAAGUGACCAAAACGUUGCGAUUGAGGUGAAUUAAUUGUGACUUAUCAAAAUAACAUAUAAUGCAGUCCUGAAAAUCAGCCACAAUGGAUUCCAGAAGAAUGCACGAUUUGCAAGUUCAAAAUGAAACAUCGUCGGAUGAUUUUGUGCUCCAUCCCCGAUUGCCAAGCUUACAAGAGAUGGCGUACAAUCAAAUAGCCAUCGCAGUGUGGUAUGGAUACAGUAGGACUGCAAGUCGCCGACGUUACUACGAACAAUAUAGGUAUUCUGAUUAUUUGUGGAAUAAUAAACUAGAACUAAUGGAUUGCGAUGAACUGAUAAAAACUUUGACGAUGCCUCGAUUUAUGAAAAAAAUCUUGAAAAAAUAUUUAAAGAAAGUUCGUGAAGAAACACUUAGUUGCACUAUAUUCUUCAAAUACGAAUUAUUAUCAGAAAACUUGGAGGAGCAUAGAAUCGCUCAAGUUGAUUGGAAGUAUUUCGUAUGGUGUCCAGAAGGUAGAAUCAAUUAUAAAAGCACCGCUAUCAAAAUGCUACAUUCGGACGUGUUGACUAAGGUGCAGAAGUUCGUCAUCGUGAGCAAUUUCUGCCUGGAAAAUGAAAUCAAAAUCUUCCAUCUGAAUCGCCGUCCUAUGAAAAACUUUAUCCGAAAAGUAAAUCAGGAUAUUGAUCCGUUAUUGUUUUACUGGAUUUGCUACCUGAAGAACGAAUUACACACAAUUACACCAGUCUCAUUCCUUCGUUCAUAUGAUUAUCGCGAUGGAGAAAAUAUGAUAUAUAAAAAUAAGAACCACCGGGAAGCGUUUGAUUAUUUCUGGAAUGGUUUGAGUGCUGAACAUCGAGUAUCCUUUAUAAGUGACAGAUUACGUACAUUCGAGAAUUCUUUCUGGAAUGAUAGCUGGUUUUACGAGAUGUCUCAUGAUCAAUUAACAAAUUUACUGCUCCGUCAACCAGUUGCUGUGAUAUUAGUUUUUAUCAAAGAAAUAGAAAUGCCCGAGUGGGCAAUAAUGGCAUGGAUGCGGUGUAAAAAUACGAUAUCUAAUGAGCAAUUUGUCAAGUUGUUGGGGAGCAUAUUUAACAGACAGGACAUUAAUCCUAUCCUUCGUCAAGAGUACAAAAUGAGUGUUUUAUUGGAAAUUUGGAAUACGGCCAGCGAUCAGCAGAAGAAUUAUGCAGCGAGACAGACCCAAUUAGAAGAAACUCUGGUUCGUCGCAUCUUGUAUUACCAGAAAAAACUCGAACCCAGUUGUUUCGAGUUUCUACUGAAAUUUUUAUCUUUGAAAAGCGUGGAUUUUCGAAAAAAUCUUAUUCUCAAAGGUAACCCCUCAUUUAUUUAUUUUUUUGAUUUCAACGUGGUGCAUGAAAUAUUCGAGUUAUGCUUGCCAAAUUUCCAUGGUAAAGUGGAAUUCAAAAAUGAACGGAUUAAAUGUACAAUUCACUCUUAUUUUUGUAAAAUUUUAUACACUGUAGAAGAUUACGAUGAAUUGAAUAGAAGAUUGUUGCAUUCCAUUCAAAACUUGAAUAUUCCUUUAAAAGAUACUCUGGAAAAAUUCAUCGAGCCAUUGAUUGCAGCCAAUAAAAGAGAAUACCAAACUCAUUAUCUCUUAAAUGGCAAUGAUAUAUCUGAUUUUCUAAAAUUGAGCGAAUUCAUCAACAAAAUUCUCCAAGAAAAUGUUUCUACGGUGUUGAAAAUGAAAGAAUCGUACUUUUCAUCAUUUUCCGCCAACAGUGAACCGUAUGAAUGGUACGGUAGUUUGUCUGAAUUGAGCAAACUUACCGAGCAGGAGUUUGUACAUGAACGUCUGCAAGUACUGAAACACCGAUUAGCUAAAAUACUCCAAACAACAAGGAUUAAACAAUGGGUUUCGUAUGUGCGUAAUUAUGAAAUGUUCACCCAUAUUUUUUCGCGGUGCUUUGAAAAUGAAGAAGAAAUGUUUCUACGAGUUAAACGUUGUAUACCAAUUAAGAAUAUCAUUUGUGAGUAUUUAGGAAGAAUUGGUUCCCAAGUCGCUUAUCUCAAUAACUUGGAGAGAUUUCUGGACUGGUACUUCUUCGGUGCAGAGGAAGAAAUGAUAUCUUUUAAAUUGAGUUUAUUAAAUGAUCCUGAGAUUGACAAGGCGUUAGAACCCGUACAGAAAUACGACGAGCAGUUUCGUAGAAAGUUUUUGCAGUGGAUUGGCGACCCUAUUGAACUUCGUGCUAGAAGAAGAAGAAUAAAAAGAAGAAGAAAAAAAACUGAAAGAAGAGCAAUUAGGGACCAGCAGCUUUGUAGAAAAUUUUUGCGAUGGAUUGGCAACCGUAUUGGCUUCAAUGUUAAAAGAAGUACCUAUGGCAUCAUAUUAUUUUUUUUAUUUUUUAUUUUAUUUGCUGUGUUAUCCGUAUUAUUUGUGCAUCUCUAAGCUAAUGCUGAUGCCUUAGGCUAAUAUAGCAUGACAGAACUUGUUCCAAAAACUUUAUUAGUAACUUUGUUAGAAGAUUAAAUAUUACAUGUACCUGUACCUACUUAUGUAAGUAUGCAUUUUCAAAAUCUCACUAUGAUGUUAUGUAUAAUGUAG